UCCCUCCCUGGGUCGCUGCUAGUCCCGCCUUCCUCCCUCCGCCACCGGACCCAGCUGCAGUUGGUUGAAUACUCCCUCUGGUUGCCGUCCUCCAAACCUGGGCAACCAUUUGGCAACAUACAUGCGCUGUACUCUUGAUAUCACUUUUCUAUCACUCCUGGGCUCCCAAGUUGACCUUCACCUCAAGGGAACAGAACCAAAAGAGGCGUUUUCCUCUGAUCCGGAACAACAUUCAAGUCACAAGCCAUGCUCCUGCCCUCAUCUCUACUUGUCCUCCUCGGCCUCCUGACGUGGCAUCUCGGCACAUCGUGGGCUGCCAAAAUCAUUGUGGUCCCACCAACCCUGUUUGAAUCGCAUAUGUACAUCUUCAAGACGUUGGCCAACUCUCUGCAUCAAGAGGGCCAUGAGAUCCAUUUCCUUGUCUCGGAGGGUCGCGAGGUACUCCCUUCUCCUCAUUAUAAACUACAGCGCUACCCUGGCGUGUUCAACAGCAGCACAGCCGAGAGUUUCCUGCAGUCGAAAGUUGACAACAUCUUUUCAGGCCGCCUUACAUUUCUGGAGCUUUUUGAGAUUCUUGAACACUACAGUCAGAAUUGCGAUACAGUAGUAGGCAAUAAAGAGGUCAUGGCCCGCCUCAAGCAGGUCAAGUUUGACUUGUUGCUGGUGGACCCCAAUGAAAUGUGCGGGUUUGUUCUCGGGCAUAUUCUCGGCUUGAAAUAUGCCGUGGUCAGCACAGGUUUGUGGUACCCCACGGAGGUGGGAGCCCCGGCCCCGCUCUCGUACGUGCCCGUCUUCAACUCGUUGCUGACCGACCGCAUGUCACUGUUCCAACGGAUCUCCAACACAAUCGUCUACCUCUUAGAGAACUUUGGAGUCCAUUUUAUCGUGAUCCCCAAGUACGACCGCAUCAUGAUGAAGCAUGGAAUAAAGCCGCAAGUACCUAUGACCGAGUUGGUGCGAGGCAGCCAGAUGUGGAUGCUGUGCACCGACUUGGCGCUGGAGUUCCCCCGGCCCACCCUCCCGCACGUGGUAUACGUCGGAGGCAUCCUCACCAGACCAGCAAAUCCACUGCCACAGGACUUUGAAGAAUUGGUUAAUGAUACAGCAGAGCACGGCUUUGUUGUUGUGUCCUUCGGCGCUGGGGUGAAGUACCUUUCCCAUGACAUUGCACAUAAACUGGCAGGAGCUCUCGCCAGGCUACCCCAGCAAGUCAUCUGGAGAUUUUCUGGUGUUCCGCCUAGUAACAUCGGCAGCAACACCAAGCUUGUUGAUUGGAUGCCUCAGAAUGAUUUAUUGGGUCAUUCCAAUAUUAGAGCCUUCUUGAGUCACGGUGGGCUGAACAGUAUCUUUGAAGCCAUGUACCACGGGGUGCCAGUGGUGGGUGUGCCCCUGUUUGGAGACCACUACGACACAAUGACCCGUGUGACUGCCAAAGGUAUGGGCAUUAUGUUGCACUGGAAAAGCAUGAGCGCAGAUGACCUCUACAAUGCCCUCUUCACUGUCAUAAAUGACCCAAGGUACCGACAGCGGGCAACCAUUCUCUCUACUAUCCACAAAGACCAGCCAGACCACCCAGUGACAAGAGCCGCCUACUGGAUCAACUACACCCUGCGGCACAAUGGCACGGGCCACUUGCGCUCUGCUGUAUAUGACAUUUCCCUCUACCAGUACUUCUUGCUGGAUGUGAUUUUCACCAUAGGGUCAGCCUUGGUUAUCUCUGUCUUUGCCUUGCGACAUUUGGGACGGUUACUGAGGGCAAAAUAUGGUGACAAGAGCCAAGAAGGCGGCGUUUCCAGGGAGGAGGGAAACAUGGUUAAUGGAUACUGCCACUGCUUGUCCAACGGUAAACACAAAGGCAACGGCUCCUUAAAGACGGAGAAGAAGGUGAAUUAAUUUUCUCAAAUGGCCAAGAGGGAUGAGGAGGCAGUUGCUCAAGGCUGUGAGCCCUCGGUUUUUGUUUUUUAUAAAUUCUUCGGAGGAAAGCCCUUGUUAGGUCUGCAUCAAGAGGCAAGUGAAGAAGGAUAUGCAAUAUCUGUAUGGAGCGCUUGUGUCUGUGUGUACGUGUAAAAGUGCGCCCGCUGAGGAGAAUUUAAAGUCUAAUAGCAACUGCUGCAGCAUAUCACCAAAUUGGAACACUGAGGAUGAAACACUUUUCUCCAGCACAUCUUUCUGGCCUUCUAAGAGUGGAAUGACCAUGAUGGUGACAUCACUAACCACACAUGAACUUUUAACAUUUUUGGAAUAUUUAAUGAAAAGUUCACCGAGUGUCUGCAUCAGCCCGAGGGCACAUCUAUUUAUUACCGUAUAAACGAGUUUUAACAAUGGAUGUUUUAUCUUAUUUUAAUUUAUUUAAUGGACUUAUUUUGUGGUGUGAUAGCAUGAUGAUGGAUAUGCAGUCGCUCUAAUAUCCCCAAUGUUAUGUCAAGUUUUACUUAUGUAUGGUUACUCUCUGAAUUACUCCUCACCUGUGAAAUCGUCCUCUAUCUUAAAUAUAAAUCUGUUAGAUAAUUCCCCCGAAUGUCACGUUUAAUUAGGUGAUUAUCACAUGAUGCGAGUUAAUUUCUGCUAGACUGCUUUUAGGGUGUAUGUUUACAAAUAAAAGUAAUUCAAAAAUUAAUGAUGAAUGACUAAUGAAACCGGUAGUAUCAGUUUGGUCAGCUGCCUGCGCCUGUCUGAUUUCCCCUGUCAAUGUAGUUCUGAAUCCAUAUCUAUUUAAUGUAUUUAUCGGUCAGAUAGGUACAGUAUCUAUUGAUUUUUGACCAGGUUGAAUCCAGGUUGGGUUGCUCAUUUGUGAGCGUGUGGUUGUCAUUGGGAGCCGACAAACUAAUUUGGGUUAAUAUGACUAAGAUUGCGAAUACUUGGAUUAACUAUUAAGAUUGAUAAAUAUAAAACUGUAAUCCCAUUCUUUCCAUGUUGUUCGGUUGGUGAGUGCAGAAGUCAAUGUAAACCCUGGAUGUGAUUACCUGACAGUGAAAUGGUUUGAUUUACUUUUAUGCAUACAGGUUUAACGUAUAAGCAAAUGUAGUGUAUAAUAAAAUAAUAAUAAGAGCAUACGUAAUAAGAGAUGAUAAUAAUAAUAAUAAUCUAAUUUCUAUAUUAUCUUUCAAGCUACCCAAGGAUGAAUUACCAUAUUUUCCCAACAACAAUACACACUCAAAUAUACCCCAAAUUUCCUUUGUACUCAAAUAUUAUGUGCUCCCAGAAUUGGGUAUCCAUACUUAAAAAUUGAAGUAUUAUCUGCAUAGUAAUUUGAUAGAUUACGGCUGUUGGCACUUGUAUUAAGACGACAGAUAUGAAUAAGUAAAGUCAUAAACACAUUUCAUGUGUGAUAAGAAUACCAAGUUUUUUUCAAAUGUUCUGAUAGGACACAAGUUGGUCUUGGCAAAAAAAGUAAACCUCGUGAAAUUCAAUUGAGAAAGGAGCAAGUUACAACUUAAUUUCCAUGUCUGUUCAAUGCCUUUGAUGGGAAUGUCAAUCUUUCCAACAUUGUUAGCUGGCUUUUACAGCAUGCUGGCGCAUCUCCUAUUCAUGGGUUUUGCUUGACGUCAUAUACACGACCAAGGCGACCAAGCAUUGUAAAAUUGUCUAUGUGGCAAAAAAAAGACUUGCUUGUCAUGAUUCUUGCAGGUUUUUGUGGGGCCGUAGAAACGGAAUUGUAGGUGCAAGUACACACGGACCUGCUUUCACUGUGAAACUGCAAAUAGCUCAUAAAAUCACGUCUGGAUGCUUUGAUCACUUUGCAGGUACGAAUAACAAGAGAAUAUAUAUUAUUAAGGGCAACUGGUAAAUUCCAAGCUGGAAUUAGUGAAUAUCAUGUAGACAGCUGUUGGCACAUCACCAGUUCCCAAAGGGGAAAACUGUGUCCGUCUGUCUGUCUGUUUGUCUAUCUGUCUAUAAAGGAGUUCAUCAUUUCAAAACAUUUUCUUCAUUUUGUGUAAAUCUGCACCAUGGCGUUUUGAUAUGUAUCCAGUAGGCUGCUGUAUAGUCUAUAUGCAGAUGCAGGGCAGGUAUAUUGUAUGGUGAGACAUAAGGGUGACCUAUACUGAUUGGAGCCGGGCAUAAUUAAUGAGUUGAUUGUUUUCAAUUCUGUAAGUUACAUUUGUUGUGUCCAGAAUUGAGGCAAAGAGCAGAGGCACUGUCUGGAAAAAAAUGAUGACUUUGCGUUAUAGGAAAAUAUUGUACCUAUACAGCCUCGCAGACCUUCAUUUGGGACAAGUCUUCCAGACAUAGUCCUCAAUACAUUAGUUGUGAACAUUUAGAGAAAAUCUCCUGUUAAAACUACUUUUUAAAAAUACACUAUUUAACUACCUUUUAAAAAGACACAAUUUAAAUAAUUACUGGAAAUGAGUUCUGAUUUGUUCAGGAAUUUUACAAGAGUGUAUGAUGCACAUAAUAUUAUUUCCUAGCAAUAUGAUUGACAACAUGCCUGCGCAAGCUGCUGUAAUGGACAUUUUAUUUUUUGUAAGUGUGAGGACCAACUUUCAUCAUUUUUAUUUCAAAAUAACGUGGGUUCUCCGAGCAAGCAUAAUAAUGCCAUUUUCUAUCAAUGCAUUUUUUACACAAAAUCCUCAUGAAUUCUCUUGAAAAGAGCCUGUAAUACAUUACAGUGCAUUAAUGAAUUAUUCAACUGAUCAGCAACCUAUUGUAAGUUGAUGAAAGCUUUCUUGUCAUUCUUUCUCCUGUGAGCUGCAAUGACACUGACCUAUGCCUGCUGAAAACAUACCUGAAUGAUCAUUUUCAUCAUUAGUAAUACAUUCAGCUCUCAGGUUUGUUGGCCAUCAAGUGCUUCACAAGCUAUGAACAGGGUCUGGAAAGACACAGAAGCAAAAUGAUGAAUUUACAUUAUUUGCUUAUUUCAGUAUUAAUGUUGUAAAAGACGUUCUACUGUAGCUCCUGUUUUGAUCUGUAGCUUAACUUUUUUUUUUUUUUUAUGAACAUGGGAAUUCAACCGUGUUUCCUUACAUUUCGUUCUUUUGUUUGGAUUUUAAACUACUUUACCUUGAUUUUAAAAUGUUCCCAUUAUGUGUUGUAAAUAUUGCAAUGUAAACAAAAUACUAAUGCUCAAUAAAAAGCUUUGCAGAAGUCA